AAGCCGAGGGGCCUCACCCCUCGCCAGCCUCUCCAGCCAAUCCCACUCGCCCAGCUCGCCGGCUCUCCUCCUCCCUCCGCCAUGGCGGCCUUCCCCUCCGCCUCCCCGUCGCCGGCGAUCUCCGCCUCGACCUGGCGCAUGGCGUCCCUCCGCGCUGCCCUUCCCGCGCUCCGCCCCUCCCCCGGAGGCAGGCUCCGGUCGUCGUUCGCGCCCGCGGCGGCGGCCACGGCAGCCUCGGUCGGCUGCCUCGGCUCCUUCUCCGGCCUCGCGCCCGUAUCGAAUCUCCUCUCCUUCGGUGCUGAGAACUCAAACUUUGAGCAUCGGUUGUUUGGUAUUGAUGCUCGUGGAAGGAUAGUUGCGAUGCGACAUGGGAGACGUGUUCCUAAACUUAACAGGCCUCCGGAUCAGAGGAAAGCAUUGCUGCGCGGGCUUACCACACAGCUGCUCAAGCAUGGAAGGAUAAAGACUACGAAGCCAAGGGCAAAGGCAAUGAGGAAGUAUGUUGAGAAGAUGAUCACGUUGGCAAAGGAUGGAUCUCUUCACAAGAGGAGACAGGCUCUGGCAUUUAUCUAUGAGAAGCAUAUCGUCCAUGCAUUGUUUGCUGAGGUUGCAGACAGGUACGGGGACAGAGAAGGUGGUUACACAAGGAUCAUCCCGACAUUUCCGAGGCGGGGAGAUAAUGCACCUAUGGCGUACAUUGAGCUUGUCUAGGAUCUUCCAUCAGUUGAUGUGGUUUCAUGGGCGACUUGCAGGCUGAGUGGUCAUGUCUGUGAAUUGCCCUUUGGAUGUCUGUUUUUCCUUAUUAAGUUCUUCUGUAACAAAGUGUAGAUCACGCGUGAAAUUUUGAACUGGUCAAGCUUCAUCAUCCUGUAAUUGACAAAGAGCUACGCUAUAAUCUGGAAAAAAAGUUUCUGGCAGCGCAUAUAAAAAAUUCAGCAUGUCGAAUGCCCUCUGUCCAA